AUGGCAGGUCCCAUAAUCGCAAGUCAGUCAGCACUAGUGGCACGAGUCAGGGAACUAGAUUCAGUGGGAAACUGCGAUUCAGCCACAAAUGGCCACUGUCUGCCGAUUAUAUUAGAAAGGAGUAUCACAGGCAUUCCUUUCCUCGAAUUCAUUGCACCUCGCCACUUGUCUUCACUCGUUCGUCGCCCCUCCGCCGCACCUUUGCACCGGAUCGUUGCACGGCCUGACUGCCCCACGCCCUUCUUGUCCAGGCCCUUUACCAAGAUGCAGCUGACGCAGAGUUUUGCAAAAUGGUGCAUCCCAGAAGUCUCCAGAAGUCGUCCAAACGAGAAGCACAAGAUGACCGCCACACAGCCACCCAUAUGGCACCUCGCCCAGCCGGAGGCAGACACGGAUUUCCUUCCGUACUUCGUGCAUCCGCAAGCGUUCGGAUACCCGGUCUGCUCCCGGUUCCGGAGGCAGCACGACGAUAUCAUCACAGAGCAUUGUCUCGCAGUUUUAGAAAACAUCAUCGCUGUGUACAGGAACAAAGCAGUACAACAAGUGCGAGAUGGCUUCUAUGCUCUGGCCGUCAGCAGCCUCACCAGUGCACUGGCUCUGCUGCCAAACAGCGUGGAGUUGCUGACAGAGCGGGCGGUCCUGCACAUCUGCAGUGGUGACCCAGCGGCAGCUGAUCUGAUCGAGGCGGAGGAGUACGUGGCCGACAUCAAGCGGUGGCGCGCGGAGACCAGCGAGGCAGGCUACAGGAAGAUGCGCGCCGAGAUCGAGGAGGCAUCCGCUGCGCGCAAGGCGCAAGCCGCUGAGCUGGCAAAGGAGGCCCUUGCCCAGGGGGCGUUCCUGUCCUGGCAGCGCUUCUCGGCCUUCGUGCGGCGCCAGCAGGAGGCCGUGUCCUUCACUGCCGCCGAGGACGUCUGCACCGCCGCCCCCCUCAGGACCGAGGCGACCUGCGCGAAGGGCGACUUACCCCCUGACAGCCCUCGCAGUGUCACCAACGGUCUGCUGAGCGAAUCAAGCUCCCGGCCGGACAGCCCCAGGCAUGCCGUCGGACACAACAUUUCUGAUGUCAUCCACGCUGAGGUGGCGGCCAGCUGGCCAUCAACCGAGCGGUGUCACAGGGGACUGCCAGACGCGCAGCUGCUGGCCAUUGAAAAGGCGCUCAGCGGUCAGCCAAAUGACCCGGUCAUGCGCCUCGCCAGAGCCGCCCACCGCUUGUGCGCCGGCGACAUGCAUGCUGCGAAGCUGGACAUCGCCACAGCGCUCGGCUUCCAACCAGAUCUACCGCAGACACAGCGCUGGCGCCGAAGAGAUGCACACUGCUGGCGCCGGAGAGAUGAUAUGCUGCAAGACUCGCACAUGGCAUCUGCAGUCCAGGAGGUGAAAGCCGCGGCGAUUCCCUUUAUUCUUUGUUACACUCUGCAGCCAAGCAUGAUUGACUCCGGCUUGUUGCAUGCAUGGGUGCCGCCAGACUUUGCUAAGACUCAGGUGAUGGGCCACCUUCAGAGCUUCCUGGCGGGCCCGAGGGACGACGCCAGCCUGGAAGGGACGGCCGCAGCAUGCGAAGCGUGCACAGCGCGACACGCAGAGCUGGCAGCACAGGCUCAUGCUGCCGCUGAGCUGGCGGCGUGCAGCAGCACCGCAGCUGCCGCGAAGCUGGCCCUGGCAGCCUUGCAGCCGGAAGCUGAUGUCAAGGGUAGCAGCAGCAGCAGCGCGCCAAUCUCAGCGCCUGCAGCCGCCAACGCCCAGCCGGCCAAGAUCAAGGAGAAGAGGAGGGGAAAGAAGAAGGGCCCCAGCCGGCGGCACGAGAACAGAGAGAAACUUGGUGGCCACUUUGAUGUUUCAGCCCAGUGCGGAGCAGGAUGGCAAGCUUGGUACCAAAAAUUGCAUGCAAAUAUCUUGCAGAAACCCUUAUCCGAACAGAGGUUUGCUGUGGCGCAAGUUACUUACAACGGUUUGGGAGAUCGGCUGGCUUCGACUGUUUCAGUUUUCUAUUUUGCAAUGUUGACAGUUGUUCAAAUUUGCUCUGGUUUCAGGUUUGGCCACAUAAAUCUGGGAGAUAUAGGAAAUGUUUCACGCACAGUGUGGUGGAAGGCCAACACAGGCUCUCUUGAUGAACUUUUUUAUAACCCCUACCACAGACAGCAGUCGCUAGUCAAUUAUAAGGUUUAUAAAGCCGAGUGGAAUAUCACGCAGUUGUUCGAUUGGGGUGUACGGCCCGAAACGGCAACUGGCUGCGCUUUGGCAUACCUAUUCAGGCCCCGUCCAGAGACACUUGAUUUGGUACGAGAUAACUACCGCGAGCUGAAGGAUAAGGCUGCUCUUAAAAUAGGCGUGCAUGUUCGAUAUGGAGAUGACUACUUAAAAGGAGCUCCUGGCAAAGGGAUAUGCCAAGGUGACGUUCAAGACAAAUCAGAUUGGUGGGCAUGCGCGAAAAAGAUUGAAGAGGAAUAUCAUAUCCCAGGGCAGCGUAUAAUCUGGUAUGUGAUGAGUGAUUGCGCCGGACUGCCCUUCAGAGUGGCAGAAAGGUUUGGAGACAAGGUACUUCUACCUAGCCUCGAUGCUCGUGUGGAGCAUAUUGAUCAUUUUACGAACAACCGUACCAAUGACAUACUUGUGCUGCGGUCAACCUUUGCGGAGCAUUAUUUAUUUUCCAUGACCGAUUUUCAGGUAAAAUACUGCCAUUGCCAUUGCCAGGGCCACUGUGUGACACUGUCAAUAGCGCUACUAGCUAGCUGUUUGCACCCAUUGAGUUUGUGUUACACAUAUGACAAUAGGGGCAAAAUGAACCUCAAAUUUUGGUGA